UUUGCGAAUUACAUCUCAUGUAUUUGUGGUAGAGAUACAGACUCAUGUUGUUUUUGAGACAGAUUGAUAUUUCAAAAUGGUCAGCAAUAGCCGAUAUUGUGAGAUAUGUGGCGCCAGGGAACUCUACAAAAGAGGAUUCUUUGCCAGAUUUCCCAAGGAUGAACAGCGGUGUAAAACUUGGGUUAAAAUAGUCGGAAAAAAAGACCUUGUGCAUAUACCCAUUGAGAAACUGCAUCAGAUCCGUCAUAUUUGUGGUGACCAUUUUGCACCCAAAGACUUUGGCAAGACACGGGGAAAGUUAAAGAAGAGGGCCUUUCCAAAGUUACAGCUCUCUGCACCCCCGUUAUCAGAUUACCAGUUAAGGGGAUUCCCCCAACAUACUGCAAGCCAACAAGGUACGACUGGUACGAGUAAUACUGCUGCUAUUGAGAACGUACGAACAUUACAACCGGUUGAAUUUCAGUUUCAGUUUCACCAGUAUUGUAAGGGGAAAACAACGCAAUCGCCAGUUGACGUGGAACCUGCAAAAAGUGAAAGCAGCAAGUUAGACAGUGAUUUAAUAGACACUGGUGAUCACAUAGAGACAGACGCAUUUGACAAUGAUUCGCCGCCCAAGCCUGUGCCAGGACUGCCAGAGAGUGACACAACUUCUAGAAACAUUUUCUCGUGGCAGACAGCAGAGUUGAUAGAAGCAGACGCUUCUGAUGACCCGACUCCGACGCCGGUGCCCGAGCAGCCAAAAUUACCCGACGACGUCGUGACGCUGUCCUUGUUCUGUGACGACGACGCGCCCAUACAAUCCGAGUCCAUUGACCUAGGCAAGUCACUUUGUAAAACUAAAUUACCACUUUCAUUGCCAAGCGCACCCGUUUACAGCGCAAUGAACUAG